CAACGACACAUCAUUCCCCGGCACUUGCAACUUCAUUGUCCCACCCCAGUCCCUGGCCCAGAACCGCACUGCAUCUCUCUCGUCAUCAUCCUGCAGAGCCAUGCUGCCUUGGCUGGGCAAUCAAGAUGAGCCUUGGAUUACGAAGGUCCGGGUGCGAGUACCGAAGCAUGAUUUGCCUAGUACUCUGCUUGCUGUCCUGAUUCUAAUUGGGACGCCGGGUUCACGACUACUCGCGAGGCACCGUGAGAGGGUGAGUAUGUAUCAGGCUUUGCCUACUGCUGCGCAUUGUCGGCGCGGAACGCCUGAUCCGGCACACAAGACUACUAGUCACACAUUGAAUUCAAUGAGUGAGUGUGCCGCAAAAUGCGCAGCUCGUCAACGAUUUUCAAAACAAGAACUUCAAGCCACCAGAUGUGAGGCUGUCUCUUGAUUGGCCUUGAUCAUGGGACGAGCCGUCUACGCAGUACUUGGUGGUCUCACCCGGAGGACUUUUGACCAACCAGGACAUCCCUCUGAUCAACUCGCCAGACAGGGGAU